AUGAAAUCUCAAUAAAUUAAAAUGAAUCAUGGUUAGAAAUCAUGUUUUAUAGAGUUCAAAGAAUAUGAUAAGCUUUAUGUCUUGAAGGAGUACUUAAGCCAAGUUUUUAAAUUAGCUAAAUUCAGAUUAUAGUAAGGCAUAUCAUAUGAAUGAUUAUAUAGUUAUAAAGAGAAGGAUACAGAGGUAUAUAUUGAGAGUGAGAAAUAAUAUAUGGAUAUGGUCAAUAGUGGAGAUGUUCAAGAAUUAUUUUUAGUAGAAGACAAUCAAAAGGAUAAAAAUUAUUUUGAUUUCUUCAUGUAAUAGUUAUUUCCAAAUAAUGUAUGUUGUGAGAAUGAUUAUUCUGGUUGUGUGAUUUGUCAAGAAAAGAAAUAAGUGAAGACUGAAGAAUUUAAUCAAUUAGUUAAAGAAUGUCUUUAUGAAUUAAUAAAUAAAGAAGAUUUCUAAGCAUUGUAUAUAUAAUAUGUUUAAGUAGUUGCAAAAAAUAAUUUAAAAGAUCUAUUUAAGAUGUUGAUUUAUUCUUAGAAUUAUUCAGCAAAUUGAGUAAACCAAUAAAAUAAAUUAUUACUAUCUAACCUUCCUAAUAAUAAUAAUUAUAGAAUUAUCAAAAUUAAUAAAUUUCAGCUAUCAGAUAAGCCAAUACUCCUGUCUAAUCCCAAUUUUAUAAACAGUAAAUAAUGAAUAAAUCAACCAAUUUUCAUCGCCCAUCCGAAUUAUAAUAAUAGAAUCCUAAAUCAUAAGUUCUACAUUAAGGAAGCUCAUUUGUUAAAUCAUCUAUGAUAUAUGGCACUAUUCCAGAUUAUUCAGUUAAGUAUGAAAAAAAAGAAGAUAAAAUAUAAGAGUUCAAUGCUGAUGUUUAUGUGAAAAUAGAAAUUAGUAUUACAAAUAAUGGAUUGAAACGUUGGCCUGAUGGUGUUUAUAUUAAAUAAGUUGGACAUUAUCCAUAAAAUUAUUAAUAUGUUCCAUCUUUAAAUCCAAAUGAUAAAAGAAGUUUAAGUCUUUAAUUUUAAACACCUAUUGUAUUUGUCUUCUUUAAAUUAUUUAGAAUGCUGGGUAAUACACUUUCACUUGGGUUUUAUUUUAUAAAGAUGAAACUGACUAAGAGAAGAGGAUUGGUUCUAGAUGUAUCACUGAAUUUAAAGUCAAAGAAUUUAAUAGAGUUCAAAAAACAUAAAAAUGUGUUGAUAUGAUUUAUAACAGGAUUUUCUAAAAUAAAGGGAAAAAAGAAAUACGAAACAAAGUUGAUGAUUUUAUGUAAAGAUAUCCACAAAUGGGAAUACAAUAAAUUAUAAAUAUGGUCUCAGAAGAGCUUGAUUAAUCCUGAU